AUGUCUAUUGGAGUGACUCUAGUAUUGUUAUCCAUUGGAUUCGAGGUGACAAACAAUUAUAAGGUCUUUGUAGCGAAUCGGGUGGUAAAGAUCCAAGGCUUAACACGUCAAGAGGAAUGGCGUCAUGUAGGGACAAAGUCUAACCCUGCUGACAUGCUGUCUCGAGGUAUGGAUCCUCGGGAAUUACCCUAUUCAGAAAUAUGGUGGUCGGGACCAUCGUGGUUACAAGCAAGCCCGGAUCAAUGGCCACAGGAAUUUAUUAUGGAACGACAAGACGGAUUAGAAGAAAGAUCCCGAGAGAGGGUCUUGGUAACGAUGCAUGAAGAAGGAUGCAACCUAUUCGUGGAAAACGCAGGAAAGUCAACGCAACGAAGUAGUGGACCCUUAAAGGUAGAGGAAUUGAGAAGAGCUAAUAUCGCGUUAAUCAAGAUAGUUCAGCGUCAAGCAUAUUCUCAAGAAAUUGAAGAGUUGAGCAAGGAAGGAAAUUUCAAGAGUGUAGCCAGAAGUAGUCGCAUCUUAGCGCUAAAUCCAUUUUUAGACGAGCAAGGAAUCCUGCGAGUUGGCGGCCGUCUGAAGAAUGCGGAACUGUCAUAUGAUCAGCGAUUUCCCAUUAUCCUUCCUUCCGAUAGUCCUUUUUCUACAUUGCUCAUCCGCGAGAAACAUUAUCAGUAUUUACAUGCAGAACUCAACACAUUGAGUGCCAUCAUUCGCGAGAAUUAUUGGAUUGUAUCGGCCCGCAGAAAAAUUCGUGGUGUAUUACGCCGAUGUAUAUUAUGUUUUCGUAAAUCUCCGAAAAAUAUAAGUCAACUUAUGGGUAAUUUGCCAGCAGUGCGGGUAAAUCCGGGACGUCCAUUUAAUCAUACGGGUAUUGAUUACGCCGGCCCGUUUACAAUUAAGAUAUCGCGUAAUAAAUCGGGCAAAGCAUACUUGGCUGUAUUUGUGUGUUUAGCCACUAAGGCUGUUCAUUUAGAAGUCGUUUCUGAUUUGUCAACCGUUGCAUUUAUUAACACUUUGAAACGAUUCGUCGCAAGGCGUGGUAAAAGCAGUCACUUAUACUCAGAUAACGGUCGCAAUUUCAUAGGGGCCAGAAAUGAACUGAACGAGUGGGUAAGGUUUAUCCAAAGCGAACAAUUAAAGAACGAGGUUUUAGAGUUUACUGCUGAACAAUCAAUUAGGUGGAAAUUCAUACCCCCAUAUUCCCCUCAUGUUGGAGGGAUAUGGGAAUCAGCCGUAAAGGCAGCUAAAUCUCAUAUGAAGGCAGUAAUGAAUCAGAAUAGUUUGACAUUUGAAGAAUUGACCACAAUAUUUACUCAAAUUGAGGCUAUACUAAAUUCGAGGCCAAUAACUCCAGUCUCAACGGAUCCCUCAGAUUUAUCGGCACUUACGCCUGGGCACUUUUUAGUAGGCGCGCCCUUGACGGCGAUUCCAGAACCCAAUAUUGAGCAGAUACACCUAAAUCGCUUAUCGCGCUUUCAACUACUAUCUAGUAUUAUACAAGGCUUCUGGAAGCGUUGGUCAAGAGAAUAUGUUUCUAAUUUACAAGUUAGACAAAAAUGGAAAGAACGUAAAGAAAAUCCUAAUCUUAAGAUAGGUGCUCUUGUAUUGCUACGAGAUGAUAACGCCCCCCCGCUUCAAUGGAGAUUGGGUCGCAUAACCGAGCUCAUUAAAGGACAGGAUGGACUAGUUCGGAUGGUGGAAUUGAAAACCCAGUUAGGGUUAACUCAACGAGCGAUUCAGAGAAUUAGUGUAUUGCCAUUAGAAUAA